CUAAACAGUUUUUAUCUAUUUUAACCUAGAUUUUAUUUUUCUUAGUUUAAUUUUUAAAAUGCACUCAUUUAGCUUUUUCGGAAGGGAGCGGAGUUUUUACAGGAGGCCACAGACUCCAACAAACAAGCCGAAGCAUCAUGUGAAACCACGUGAAGAACAACAAUCAUUACCGCCUGCAACUAGCGGAUUAACAGGCACGGUAGGACCGGGAAUUAUGGCUAGAUUUCGCAGACUAUUCCAUACUAUACGUCGCAGUGAAGAGCGAUCGGAUGUGGCCGAUAUAUUUCAGUAUACCCCCUCACAAAAUCCAGAAGAAUUUUUGGAAAACUUACAAAAAAACACGGGAGAUAAAGAGUGGGAUCGUUUAUCGAGAUAUGAAGUAACAUCUGUGCCUCCAGACUCGCCAAUUCCUGAAGGACACACCCGAUUUGUUUGUAUAUCAUGCACGCAUUCAACUCACAGAAGGAUGCAUGUACCACAUGGUGACGUGUUAAUUCAUUGUGGCGAUUUCACAGAAAGGGGAUUUAUGAAGGAGGUGAUAGAAUUUAACGAUUGGUUGGGCAAGUUACCUCAUAAGCAUAAGAUUGUCAUCGCGGGUAAUCACGAAAUAUCAUUUGACAAGGAAAUAAUGGAAAGUUUAAAAAAAUCGGAAAAUAUGAGAUUUCGAGUUCACAGAAAUAUACCAGAAAGUAUAUGGAGAAGCUGGCAAGCCGUAUUGACAAACUGUACGUACUUGGAGGAUACGGAAACUUCUAUUAAUGGAAUUAGGAUAUAUGGGUCACCCUGGCAACCCAAUUGUGGGAGCUUAGCAUUCAACCUGAAACGAGGUAAAGAAAUUAUGGAGAAGUGGCAAAACAUUCCAGAAAACAUAGAUAUUUUAUUGACACAUGGACCUCCCGCAGGGCGCUUGGAUCAAGUAAAUAGAGGCACUAGGGCGGGAUGCGUCGAUCUUUUAAAUGAAGUUCAGCUUCGGGUAAAACCAAAAUAUCACUUAUUUGGUCACAUACACGAUGGGUAUGGAAUGGAGUCGGACGGCCAUACAGUCUAUAUCAACUGUUCCUCUGUUGAUGCAUUACGAAACCCGCAACACCCCGCUGUGAUAUUUGACUUUCCGAAUUUAGAAACUGACGUGGCAACAGCUGACACGAAAUCUUUACUUUCAGAAUCAUGAGAUUGAACCACGAUGGAUAAACGACAGGCACGAGCGGAAGAUGUGACGUAAGCGGUGUAUGAAAGGCAUGAAUGACUUACGGCAUCUUGAUCAUCCCACAAUAAAGAACUAUGACCUCAUUUGCUAAUAGAUAUGACUCACCCAAUGCUAUACAUGUAGAGAAAGUGAAUGUCUUGUAUAAUAUUCACAUAAAGUCCCAAUCUUUUACUUCUGAUCUCUAACGCGAUUAGAUGACGAAAAUCUUCCAGAUAAUAUUUUCAAUUCAUAUCGCCAAAUGAUAUCACCAUCUUAUGCUUAUUUUGCCGUUUUAAUCUUUAUGACUUUUAAUUUUUACCACUUUUGAAAGCGAUAUGAAAAUCAAAAUAAAAUUUAGUUUUUGGCCAACUUAUUACCGCGUACAAAGAUUUAUUAUCACGAUUACCAUAGUUCCAAACGCUGACAAUUGUAUCCGUAGACA